AGAAGAGGAACGGAAAGCGGAUACUAACCUCACACGUCACCGAGGGGGUGCCCUCUGACAUUUGCCGUUUUUGGUUUUACGAGAAAAUAUCAAAUGAUACGCUACAGUCAUACCACAUGGAGUCAUCAUAAGAAUGGAGUUACUUCAUCGUAACAUGGACGUUUUUCCCCGGUGUUUCAAGGCUAGAUAACGACAUCAAAGCUCACACACAUCAUGCUAAGACUGCAGUUAUUAGAAUAGUGUAGUGAUGUUUCACUAAAGGAUAAAAUGCUCAGGUACUGGUCUGCAGUGUACAGAAAUUGUACAAAACGGAACAUUACGUUUAAACGGGUGAUAUUUGGCGUCGGAGGUCGGUGAGCCGAGUACUUCAUAUUUUCAGCUGCGGUGAGCGUCGCGCAUUUUGGUUUCACCUUUCGAUCUUUCGGUUUUUUGCCUCGUAGCCCGCAAAAUUUCCGUAUCAAUACUUGCCAGUUAAAAAAAAACGUAUUUUUUUCACCGCUCUUCCCUUUGUUUUGGUUCUUCCCAGUGAUUCGUUUUCUAUUUUGGUGAAGAACAUCCUCCUUCGCUUUUCAUAGAACUGGGGGCCUUUUGGAUUACCGAGAAUUAUGAAUUGAGCAAACGAAUAUUCCUUUAUCACUCUUAUUCUAGAAAUCUGCGAUGGUGUGACGCAUAACAACGGAAGAGAAUAAGUUUAUUCCACAACAAGCUAAGGUGACCCUUUGUUACAAAAAUGAAACUAUCUGUUUGAAAAGAAUAAUUCAGUUUCAAUAUUAUGUUUGUCACAUACAUAAUUACAGUCGACACAAUGUGGAGUGAAAUGCAUUGUUGCCCGACAACAUGGGUCAUUAAACAAACAUUUUACUGUUGAGUUCUGUAACUGAAUGUUCACCAGAGGGCGACAUGAGGCCUGCUAAAUGGCUUCCUCGAACGUUUUCCCUUCACCUAUGCGUAGGUUCUGAGGUUUAUCAGGUAGCCUGCGCGAUACCAGUCAUCACUAGCGGUUGCUCACCCAGAGCGACCACGUUUGCUUCAUACAGAUGAGAGACAGGGACCAGAGGUCCAUUACAGUUCGGUUAAAACGUCUGAUCAAAGCCAUUUUCCAUAUGCUAGACAUGCUGGUUCGAGGGAUUGGAGGGAAAUGUGGGUUCCCAUUCAGUACCAGCUCCCAGUACUCCACUUGUUAUUCAGUACUAGCAGAUAUUGAGAGGUGACGGUACUCUGAAGAGAAAAGUAAAGAGGUGCUGGUACUGCAUACUAGUGAGUACUGGUCCAUUUCAAACACUGGGUGUAUAUUGUACAGCUCUCAUUCUGUAUUAUCAUUCUUCUUCUUUGUUAGGUUAACAUCGUAUUAUUUGUUUAUCAUUCAGUAGUAGCGCACCACUUGGAGGGACUGUGUCCAUGAAUCCCAGAAGCACAGCUGCCCCCAGCAGCGCACCUCUCCCUAGGCUGACGUCAGACGUCCGUCCUUCCUCCUCCGGAACGCGGCUCCACGGCCUCCCAGUCAGCCGCAUUUAUGCUUAUGCGUUUAUUAUGGUGGACAUAGCGGCUCCGAUCUCACCUGACAGCCUCCGUGGGCGGAAAAAGCACCGGGCUCUGCGCAUCCUCUGCGUAUAAAGAAGGAGCGUUUAGUGCUGUUCGCUCACCACUUCAACAUAUUUCGUUUUAGGAUAUUUGAUAUUGGGGGUCGGAGAUAAAUAAAACAGUGAGUCAAAAUCAUGCAUUAAAUGCGGCGUAUUAUGCUCGUGCUAAACGAUCAUUAUAUAAAGACCUUAAAAUAGAUGCUAUUAAGUAUACUGAUCAGAGGAAAUGUAUGUUAUGUAAUUUUAUGAGGUGCAGGUGUGUUUUCUGCAUGUGCGAUACGCGCCGGCCGGGUGGUCCUGAUCUGCAUUUACACAAGCGCUGCCGCUCCGCGCUAACGGACCGCGCUACAGCCGGGGGAGGACUCUGAUUUACGGCUGAAUGCUGUCCUCCUGACGCCCCUGAGGAGAUGUGGGUCGAGCUGGAGGAGGUGCUGAUGGCCGGAGCCCUGUGGACUACGGAGAGGGCGAACCCCUAUUUCAUCUUGCAGCGGAGGAAGGGGCGCGGAGGCGGCGGACUGGCAGGCCUGCUGGUCGGGACCCUCGACGUUGUUCUGGACUCCCCUGCUCGUGUAGCUCCCUACAGAAUCCUCUACCAGUCUCCAGACUCUGUGGUUUGCUGGACCGUAGCCCACGGAGCUUCCCACAGGGAGAUUACGGCACACUGGGAUUGGCUGGAGCACAACCUCCUACAGACGCUCUCUGUCUUUGAGAACGAAAACGACAUCACCACUUUCGUCAGGGGCAAGAUACAGGGUAUCAUUGCUGAGUAUACGAAGAAUCCCGAUGUCAAGGAGGACGACACGGACAGCUUCAAGGAGGCCAUCACCAAGUUCCACAAGCUGUUCGGGAUGCCAGAGGAAGAGAAGCUGGUGAAUUAUUACUCCUGCAGCUACUGGAAGAACAAAGUGCCCAGACAAGGAAAACUGUAUCUCAGCAUCAACCACGUCUGCUUCUGCUCUUUCCUGCUGGGGAAGGAGGUAAAGUUGGUGAUCCGAUGGGCUGAUGUCACUCAGCUGGAGAGACGUGCCACCAUGCUCUUACCGGAUGUGAUCUCAGUAAGCACCAGGUCCGAGGAGCACAUCUUCAGUAUUUUUUUGAAUACCAAUGAGACCUUCCAGUUGAUGGAGCAGCUGGCCAACAUUGCCAUGAGGCAGCUGCUGGAUAACAAGAGCUUUGAGCAGGACCUCUCACUGCCUAAGCUGAAGACCAAAACCCCGAAAAAGGUGUCUGCCCUCAAAAGGGAUUUGGAUGCCAGGGCGAAAAGCGAGCGAUACCGUGCCCUGUUCAGGCUCCCCAAAAAUGAGAAGCUGGACGGACACACAGACUGCACUCUCUGGGUCCCCUUCAACAAGACCCACAUCCUAGGCCAGAUGUUCGUUUCCACAAACUAUAUCUGCUUUGCCAGCAAGGAGGAGACCCUGUGCAGCCUCAUCAUCCCACUCAGAGAGGUGACAGUCGUAGAGAAGGCGGACAGCUCCAGCGUCCUGCCCAGACCUCUGUCUAUCAGCACCAAGAACAGGAUGACGUUCCUCUUUGCCAACCUCAAAGACCGCGACUUCCUAGUCCAGAGGAUCUCAGACUUUCUACAGCAGACCACUUCCGGGAUUUACUUUGAGGAAGAGAUUACGGGGAGUUUCAGCUCAUCGGAUGAUGAGGCCUACUCCCACCAGAGCAGCUUGCCAUCCUGUGGCUCUGAACCCGAAUGCGAGCGGCUCUUCAGCCUCAGCGAUGACAGCAUCCCUACCGCCAGCCAGGCCCUGAUGACAAUGUACCGCCGGAAGUCUCCAGAGGAGUUCAACCCAAAGCUGGCUAAGGAGGUCCUGAAGGAGAAAGACUGGAGGAGCCACUUUGCAGAGUAUGGGCAGGGGGUGUGCAUGUACCGCACGGAGAGGACCAAGGACCUGGUACUCAGAGGCAUCCCUGACAGCAUGCGAGGCGAGCUCUGGCUCCUCUUCUCCGGAGCCAUCAAUGAGAUGACCACCCACCCAGGCUACUAUGAGGAGUUGGUGGAGAAGUCCACGGGGAAAUGCAGCCUGGCCACUGAGGAGAUCGAGAGGGACCUGCAUCGCUCCCUGCCCGAGCACCCCGCCUUCCAGAAUGAAAUCGGCAUCUCCGCUCUCCGGAGAGUGCUCACCGCCUAUGCCUUCCGCAACCCCGACAUUGGAUACUGCCAGGCCAUGAAUAUUGUCACAUCUGUGUUGUUGCUGUACGCUAAGGAGGAGGAGGCUUUCUGGCUGCUGGUGGCCUUGUGUGAGCGGAUGCUGCCUGACUACUACAACACCAGAGUUGUCGGUGCGCUGGUGGACCAGGGUGUUUUUGAGGAACUGGCCAGGGACCAUGUGCCCCAACUAUAUGACUGCAUGCAGAACCUAGGUGUCAUCUCCACCAUCUCGCUGUCCUGGUUCCUCACGCUCUUCCUCAGCGUCAUGCCCUUCGAGAGCGCCGUGGUGGUCGUUGACUGUUUCUUCUAUGAGGGCGUCAAGGUGAUCUUCCAGCUGGCCCUGUCUGUGCUGGAGGCCAACAUUGACAGCCUCCUCAAAUGCAGAGAUGAUGGCGAGGCCAUGACAGUUCUGGGCAGGUACCUGGACAGCGUGACCAACAGAGACAGCACUAUGCCCCCGAUACCUCACCUGCACUCCCUGUUGAUAGAUGACAAGGACCCUCACCCAGAGGUGGACAUCUUCAGGCUGGUGCACAGUUCGUAUGAGAAAUUUGGCACCAUCCGGUCUGAUGCCAUUGAACAGAUGCGCUUCAAACAGCGGUUGAGGGUGAUUCAGACCAUUGAGGACACAACAAAGCGCAAUGUGAUCCGAACAAUACUGACAGAAAUGGCCUUCAGUGCUGUUGAGCUGGAGGAGCUGUAUGUCCUCUUUAAGGCAGAGUACCUGGCCACCUGCUACUGGGGUGGGUCUAGCAGCCCAGCAGACAGGCAUGACCCCAGCCUACCCUACCUGGACCAGUACCGCAUUGACCUGGAGCAGUUCACAGGCCUCUUCAAUGUGCUCUUCCCCUGGGCUGGCGGUGUCCACUCUGAUGCCCUGGCUGCUCGCUUCUUCAGGCUCCUCGACUGUAAUGCUGACUCCCUCAUCAACUUCGCGGAGUUCGCCACCGGACUCAGUCUACUUUGUCAUGGGGAUCUGACUGAGAAGUUGAAGCUCCUCUAUAAGCUGCACGCCUUGCCUGAGGUGACCAACAAACCAGAGGAACCAGAGUCUGCUUUUGAGGCCACCCAGUAUUUCUUUGAAGAUCUCAACCCUGAGACCUCUCACGGCCCUGAUUCCAGGUCAAUUAAAGAUAAGGAUGAUGGUUUUGUCAGAGUUACCUUCAAGAAUGAAAAAGUGAAGAAGCUGCAUGUUGUUGAGUGUCAGAACUUCUUAAGGCUGUGGAAUCCAGAUAUCAAGUCCAAUCUGGAUGACGUGAAGGAGCUGCCAAAACUGAACCAGGGCCAGUUCAUUGAGCUCUGCAAGACCCUUUACAGCAUGUUUAGUGAGGACCCAACUGAGCAGGAUCUGUACCAUGCAACCGCCACUGUCACCAGCUUGCUCUUGGAAAUUGGCGAGGUGAGCAAGCAGUUCUGCAGCCCCACCGCUGGAGAAGAGAACUGUGGAAGUGACAGUGGCCCAGUGAGGCAGGAUGUCCUGUUUCAGAUGCCCAGCCAGGGGAGGCACUGUCUCCAGGAGCUGGAGUUUGGGAACCCACUAGAGGAGGUGGGGAUAGAGGACUCAUCCCCAAAGGGGGUAGGGCUCUCCUCGGUCACACUGGUCUCUGACGACGAGGCCAAAGACGACGCCUCCGUCUCCUCCUACUCAGUGCUGAGCUCUGGCUCCCAGGAGCUGGAGGCCAAGCUUCGCUGCGAGGACAUUGCUGAUGACACAGUACUGGUGCGCAAAGGCCACCUCGGAGACAGCCUGCCCCAGCCCACCUACCCGGACCGGGACUGGGCCAUCAGCUUCGAUCAGCUGCUGGCCUCCGUGCUCAACCAGCCGGCCCUGGUGUUGUACUUCGAGAAGCCUGUGGACCUCAUGGCUCGCAUCUCCAAUGCCAAGAAUAUGUGCAAAGUGGGCAGCUUUGCUUCUUCUUGUGACCACGACCUUUCUCUUCUCUCUGGAUAGAGGCUUCACUCAGACACAAGGACCUGCUGUGUUAGUCUCCUUCCAGCAGCUGAGAUAGGAGCAAUUUGGACAAUAAGCCACGUUGUGGUAUAUUUGCUGACCAGAGCUCUGCUUGGGUGCACGAAGAACUCGCCUGUUCCCUUCCUGUACUUCAGUAUGUCUGGGGUGUAAAAUGAAGGACUGACAUCCACACAGCUGUAAAAUAGCAGAUGAAUUUGUAUGUAUCUGAAAUCAAAAACACAUGUGUUAUGAAAAUGGAUUUGUGGGUAAUAUAAGCAAGAAUAAGUAUUAAGUAAGAAUAAGAAGCAAAUUGUACUUAAUGUGUAUUUUGGGUAUUUUAAUUUAUUAAUAAUGACUUAUGAUCAUCAUAUGCAAUAAAUGCUGUCAUCAGUAGCCUCUUUUACAUCUUGUCUCCUCCUCCCAUGUUCAGUGUGACUGUUAAUAUCACUUACCCAUGUUGUUUACACUGAUCUCACUGUCUGCCUGCUAUCUUCCUGUCUGCUAUCUCCCUGUCUAAGGUUGUGCACAUGCACUUUAAUGAUGAAGUUUUUCGCAGUAGUUAACAGUAUAAUCACCAUUUUUGUCUCUUUUUAUCACAGUUUAAUUUAUAAUCCCUUCCUGUAAUAUAAAUAAUCAGUUGUAUUUUUAAAAACUAACUUUAUUGUAUUGAAGGUGCUUUUCAUUUUUUCCAAUCUCAGUAAUUCUAUGUAUAUAAUUUUACAAUAUUUAAUUAAGGAAAAGUUAAUUAUGGGUUUUAAAAUUCAUAAUUAAAUA